UAACAAAUAUGGUCCGCCAAGCCCCAAGGGUGUCGCGGGUUAGGGUUUGACUGUACUUGUUCUCCCGCUAGUAUACGAAUCGAAUAUGACUUGCGUCGUCCUCUUCUUCGGUGUUCUUUAGCGCUGCCUUUGCCUAAGUUCGGCAUUUCGCUUCCGGCUACUGCUCGAAAUGGAAGCGGACAUGGACGCUUCGCCGAGCUACUUCAACCCGGAAGAUUUGAGCAGCAGGGAGAAGUAUCGCCGUUACAGGAUAAGACAGUCCACUUCGAGCAUUUCACCCCUAUUGGGAAAUUCUGUUUCUAAGCUUUCUGGAGCUAGACUCUUAUAUGAGGGCAACAACAUACAGAGGAGAACUAACGCUGCACUUCUGCUUGAAGAGAUUAAGCAUGAAGCAGAGAGUUAUGAUCUUGAUGGCUUGGAGCAAAAUGGCCCCAAAACAAAAUAUUUAUCAAAAAACCGAGAUUCUGUUGAUGGACAUGGACUCUCUGAACUGAACGCAGGUUAUAAUUUCGUUCAAUCUAGCCAACCAGUUAAAUUAUUGAAACAAGAGGAUGAGCCGCUGGUGGAUGGUGGAGAGACAACCUUUUCUCUAUUUGCAUCCCUAUUGGAUUCUGCUCUUCAAGGGUUAAUUACUUUCCCUGAUCUUAUUUUACAGUUUGAAAACACAUGCCGAAAUGUUUCCGAGUCAAUCAGGUAUGAUGGAGGUGGGAGGCAUCGGGUGGUGGAGGACAAAUUGAAGCAGCAGAAAGCGAAAUAUUUACUUGAUGAAGCAGCGUCUUGGUCACUUCUGUGGUAUCUUUUUGGGAAAGGAAACGAGGAACUACCACGAGAUCUGAUUAUGUGUCCUCCAACUUCACAUCAGGUGGCAUGCCAGUUUGUUGCAACAAAUCUUACAGCAGAAUUAUGUCUUCGUAUUGUACUUUGGCUGGAAGGGCUAGCGGCAAAAGCUCUUGAGUUGGAAAAGAAGUAUAAAGGGUAUCAUGUUGGUUCUUAUCUUCCGAGCUCUGGUGUUUGGCAUCACACUCAAAGAUUUUUGAAAAGGAAGAUCAUUGAUUCCUCCAUAGUUCGUCACAUGGAUUUUGAUGCUCCAACCCGCGAAGGAGCUCAACUACUUCCUGAUGACAAGAAGCAGGAUGAAGCACUCCUUGAAGAUAUCUGGAUUUUGUUAAGAGCUGGACUUGUAGAAGAGGCUUGUGAGCUUUGCCGUUCUGCGGGGCAGCCAUGGCGAGCUUCAACUCUAUGCCCUUUUGGAGGACUGGAUCUCUUACCAUCCAUAGAAGCUAUGAUUAAGAAUGGGAAGCAUAGGUUGCUACAAGCAAUUGAGCUGGAAAGUGGCAUUGCGCACCAAAUGCGGCUUUGGAAGUGGGCAUGCUAUUGUGCAUCAGAGAAAAUAGCAGAGCAAGAUGGUGGGAAAUAUGAGAUGGCUGUUUAUGCGGCUCAAUGUAGCAACUUGAAGCGCAUGCUCUCUAUCUGCGAAGAUUGGGAGUCAGCUUGCUGGGCCAUGGCGAAGUCUUGGCUUGAUGUUCAGGUUGAUUUACACUUAGCUACCUUUCAGCAUGGGAGAGAUGCAGAAAAGCACCAUAGAGAUGAAGUAGUCGGGAUUUCGUCCCAUGGUGCUUCAGCUGGUCUUGAAACUUGGCCGGAUGAUGUUGUCGAUCAACAACCCCGGGAUUUUCCCAGUCUACUUCAAAAACUUCAUUCAGGUGAGAUUGUUCAUGAAGCUGUGUUGAGAGCGUGCAAAGAACAACAUCGUCAAAUUGAGAUGAAUCUCAUGAUUUGCGACAUACCAUAUCUCCUGGACCUUUUAUGGUUAUGGAUAUCGCCAUCUGAGGAAGAGCAUCAUGGCUUACGCCCUCAUGGUGAUCCUCAACUGAUACGAUUUGGAGCCCAUUUAUCUCUUCUUUUUCGAUAUCUUCUGGAUGAUGAAAUGAAGGACACCUUCAAGGAGAAGCUUAUGACAGUUGGAGAUAACAUUAUCCAGAUGUAUGCAAUGUUUUUAUUUUCCGAGCAUCAUGAAGAGCUCGUUGGACUAUAUGCCUCUCAAAUUACUCGUCAUUAUUGCAUCGAUCUGUUUGUUGAAAUGAUGGAGCUAAGGUUGAACAGCAGCAUACACGAAAAACAUAAACUAUUUCGUUCUGCAAUCGAGUAUCUGUCUUUCUCCUACGAAGACCAAUCAAAGGCAAGUUUUGAAGACAUCAUUGAAAGGGUUCUUUCAAGAUCUCGAGAAAUGAAAGCUUGUAAACAUGAUGAAAAACCUUCACAUGUUGCGGAACAGCACCGAUUGCAAUCUUUGCAGAAGGCUAUGGCAAUUCAAUGGCUUUGUUUCACUCCUCCCACUACUGUUAGUGAUUUUGAGACCAUCAGUGCAAAACUUCUCAUUAGAGCAUUGAUGCAUAGUAAUAUCCUCUUCAGAGAAUUUGCUUUGAUUUCUAUGUGGAGAAUUCCUAAAAUGCCAAUGGGAGCACACAUGUUACUUAGUUUUCUUGCUGAGCCUUUGAAGCUGCCUAAGGAUACACUUCUAUCUUUUGAUGAGUAUGAUGUUUUGGCGAAUCUCCAUGAAUUUGAAGACUGGAGGGAGUAUUACUCAUGCGAUGCAAGUUAUAGGAAUUGGCUUAAGCUUGAGUUAGAAAAUUCAGCUGUUCCUCCUGGCGAUCUCUCUUCAGAAGAAAAGGAGAGGGCCAUAGCUGCUGCACGUGAAACAUUAAAUUCUUCAGUGUCGUUGCUAAUUAGUGAAGGAACUCAAUGGCUAAAUGCAAUUGAGAAUUGCUCAUUGGAGUUAACAAGUGAUGUAUUUCUUAACUUGCAUGCUCAUGGAAUGCUUUGUCUACCUUCUGGUGAAUGUUUGUGCCCUGAUGCAACCUUGUGCACAACAUUGACAAGCGCACUUUACUCUUCUGUCGGUGAAGAAGAAGCGUUAAAACGGCAAUUAAUGGUCAAUGUUUCCGUCUCCCUCACAAAUAAUUAUUGUGUUGAAGUCGCCCUUCGCUGCUUAGCUAUAGAAGGUGACGGGCUUGGGCUACACGAAUCAAAUGAUGGCGGUCUUCUUGCGACUGUCAUGGCAGCUGGAUUCAAGGGCGAAUUGGCACAUUUCCAGGCCGGAGUCUCAUUGGAUAUUUCCCGCAUAGACGCAUGGUAUUCCGAUAGUGCUGGCUCAUUCCAAAUACCUGCUACAUAUAUUGUUCGAGGGCUCUGUCGAAAAUGCUGCUUACCAGAAAUUAUUCUACGUUGCAUGCAGGUCUCAGUUUCACUUGCUGAAUCAGGGGAAACUAAUGAUCAUCAUGAUGAGUUAAUUGAACUAGUUGCUUCUGGAAUGUUGAGCUUGUUUAGCCAGCAACAACUACAGGAGUUUCUGUUGUUCGAAAGACACUGCAGCUUAUAUAAAAUGGAAUUAGGGGAAGAGCCAUCUGCUGCUGAUGAUUGAACAAAGAAUUGUUAACCUUCUGGUGGUCGCAAACAACAUUUGCAACUGUGCAUAGUCUUCGCCCUUGGCUUCACUUAUUUUUUUCCUAUUAUUAUUAUUAUUUUGCUGUUUUAAUUUUUGAACAAAUUGUCAAAUUUUAUGUUUUAUGGAUUUAUCUGUUGAUUGUCAUUUGCUUUUUCUUUUAUUUCUGAAUCAAGCAGAGUUUUUUUAUAAACAACAGAUUGAACUUAUUACAUGAUA